CUCACUGCUCAGAGCUUUUCUCCCCUCGCUGCUGCAGUGCCAGUUGUGCACUACUCCUUGUGCUUCAGGUUGCUCCAGCAGCCACUGUAGCAGAUGCUGUGGGUUUGAGAGAAAGGCUGUGGGUAAUACACACUGACAAACGAUGCAAACAGCUCCCAGUUACACUGUGACCAAAGGCAUGUCACAUUUGACCUGCCCGCUGCUGUGCGGCUAGCCUUUCAGCUAAAGUUAGCCACCGACCGUUAACGUUAUCUCAACUGCAGCUGACUAGCAGAGAGACGCCCAGAAUGAUAAAGUUGAGCUAACAGUGAAACAGAACUUGACGAAAAUACAAAUAACAGCACAACCUAUGCUAAGUGUUGAACAGUUUUUAAAUUAAGGCCGCAGUAUUUUGGAAAACUUUUCGACUCUCAUGCGGACUUUCUCCACUGUUUUCAGUCGUCGUCCGGAGAGGGUUAACGGCUGUGGCAGUUGUUGCAGCACUCAGUCAACAGUCAACGAUGUCCUUACUGUCCCGUACAACACGCCUACUCGGAAGAGGAACAACCUUGCUCCGUGAUCCGUGUAAGAGGAUUUGCGUUAACAUGUCGUCCUCCUCUGCCUCGGGUAAGAGACUGCGGGUUCUGGUUGACAUGGACGGGGUCCUGGCGGACUUCGAGGGCGGGUUCUUGAAGAAGUACCGGGCCAGGUACCCGAGCGAGCCCUACAUCACCCUGGAUGACAGGCGGGGGUUUUGGGUGUCGACGCAGUAUGGGCGGCUGAGGAGUGACCUGUGUGAAAAAGCCAGUAGCAUCUGGGAGUCCAAGGACUUCUUCAUAGAACUGGAACCGCUGCCAGGAGGAGUGGAGGCGGUUAAGGAGAUGGCCAAGAUGGACAACACAGAUGUCUUUCUUUGCACCAGCCCUAUAAACCAUUACCAACACUGCCCGUAUGAGAAGUAUGCCUGGGUAGAGAAGCAUUUGGGCCAUGAUUUUCUGGAACAGGUCAUCCUGACAAGAGACAAGACAUUAAUCACCGGAGACAUUCUAAUAGACGACAAGCCUGACAUUCUAG